UCGGGGGAGCAUCUGGCGAAGAGACCCGGACUGUGCGAGAGACGCUGUGAGAUCUGUGCACCCUGCUCUGCAAGUUGCUACCAUGGAGAUGAGCCGAGCUGGAGAGGCGAGGAGUAAGGGCGAAUCUUGCACCACGUGGAGUGCGCUGUCCUCAGAGGGCACCGCCUCCAUCUGCAACAAAUCACCGCAAGAAAUCAUGGCUCUCUUUGGCCCUCACUUGACCCACCGUGAGAAGCUAGAACUCGCAGCCAUGCAGGAAGUGUGGUACUUUGCACUUUGCAACAAAUCUGAGGGAUGCAACAAUGAUGGAUACGACGACCAAGAACGAAAUUACAUUCUGUUCCGGCAUGAGCACCUCCGCUAUCGCUAUGAGGUGCUGAAGAAGAUUGGAGAAGGAGGUCAAGGCCAGGUGAUCCAAUGCCUUGAUCACAAAAGAAACAUCCUGGUGGCCAUCAAGAUCCUGGUGUCACCAUCGAGCUCCAAGCAGGAAACAUACCAGAAGAUGGAGCUCCAGAUAGCUCUGGAACUUCAGGACGAGGGCAGUGAUGAAGAUUUCAACGUCAUCAAAGUCCUGAACAUAUUUCAUUUCAGAGGACACUACUGUAUCGUCAUGGAGCUGUUGAAGGAGAGCCUUCAUGAAGUGAUUAGGAAUGCGGGGCUCCGGCGGUUGGACAUGGCGAUGGUGAAAACCUACACCAGGGGCAUCCUCAAGUUCUUGCGCCACAUCAAUUCCAGGAAAAUCGUCCACGCGGACAUCAAGCCUGAAAAUGUUCUCGUCAAAGACACCGUGACUGGCACCGUGAGGAUCACGGACUUUGGCACGAGCUUUUUCGUGGAAAGUCAACCUAUGAAUGUUGGUGGCACCCUAGAAUACUUGGCUCCGGAGCUGUUGCUGGGCUAUAGCUUGACAUGUGGAGUGGAUAUGUGGGCGCUGGGCUGCACGGUGGCUGAGUUGGCGACGGGCAGGGAAUUAUUCCGGUCCAACAGCCACGAAGAUCACCUCCCGCGCUGCAUAGAGAUUCUGGGGAUGCCUCCGAGGUACAUGGUGAAUGGAGCACCCGACAGAACGCAGUUCUUUGACCAUCGGGGGAAGAUGUUCUGCCCAGGCAAGAAAAGGGUUCCGGGGAGCUUCCCACUUCACAGGGUGCUCAAAAGCGAUGACCCGGAGUUUGUCGAAUUCAUCAGCUCCUGUUUGCGAUGGGAUCCGAAUUGUCGUAUGACGCCAGUGCAGGCGCUGGCUCAUAACUGGCUCCGGACCGCGGCCACCAGCACCACCACGGCCAGCAAAGCCACCACCACCACCGUUGCUGCUCCUGGCAGUGUGAAGCACUCUGGAGCUGCUGAGCGACGAAUGGAGCCGGCACAGCGCCCAUCCUCCUUGCUCGCCCAGGCCUCUAAAGAGAAGUUGAAGGUUGUGGAGGAAGAGACCAUGGUGGAGGAGCUGGUGGUGCAAGAGGAGGAGACUCUCGUGGAGGAGCUGGUGGUACUCGAGGAGACCCUGGUAGAGGAGUUGGUGGUACAGGAGGAGACCUUGGUGGAGGAGUUGGUGGUACUUGAGGAGACCUUGGUGGAGGAGUUGGUGGUACAGGAGGAGACCCUGGUGGAGGAGUUGGUGGUACAAAAGACUCUGGUAGAGGAGUUGGUGGUACAGGAGGAGACCUUGGUGGAGGAGUUGGUGGUACAGGAGACCCUGGUGGAGGAGUUGGUGGUACAGGAGGAGACCUUGGUGGAGGAGUUGGUGGUACUUGAGGAGACCUUGGUGGAGGAGUUGGUGGUACAGGAGGAGACCUUGGUGGAGGAGUUGGUGGUACAGGAGACCCUGGUGGAGGAGUUUGUGGUACUUGAGGAGACGCUGGUGGAGGAGUUGGUGGUACAGGAGACCCUGGUGGAGGAGUUGGUGGUACAGGAGGAGACUCUGGUAGAGGAGUUGGUGGUGCAGCAGGAGAAGAGGAAGCAAGGGAGCCUGGCCCGCAUAGGGAGAGCCAUCCGCUCACUCCUCCGACGUGUGCUGCUUGUGGUGGCCGGUCCACUGCACAGUAGGGGUGGUGGAGGUGGUGGAUCAGUGUGA